UUACAUUACUUUUUCAUGGUUGUGUGAGCCCUUGCGUCUCCCUGUCCAUACCCAUUUCUCUACCUGAAGCUGAAGGAAGAAGUAUCACGGGCCAUUCAACGAUGGGGAAUCCAAUAGCCAAAUUUCUGAUAUUUGCAGUGAUAGCGUUCUUGGUCUCGUCGUCGUCGACGAUCGCUAGCUCAGACGUACCGUUUAUUGUGGCUCAUAAGAAGGCCACUCCCUCCAGGCUCAAGUCCGGCGCCGAACGAGUCUCCGUCUCCAUCGAUAUCUACAACCAAGGAUCUGCGACUGCUUAUGAUGUAAGUCUUACUGAUGAUAGCUGGUCCAAAGAUAUAUUUGAUAUUGUCAGUGGUAACACUUCAAUGUCAUGGGAGAGACUUGACGCUGGGGCUCUUCUAUCACACUCUUUUGAUUUGGAGUCCAAAGUACAAACACUAUUUUAUGGUGCACCAGCAGUUAUCACAUUCCGUGUCCCCACAAAGGCUGCUCUACAGGAAGCAUACACAACUCCGAUUCUGCCCUUAGAUCUCCUUGCAGAUAGGCCUCCUGAGAAGAAGUUAGAGUGGGCUAAGAGGUUGUUGGCAAAGUACGGGUCCUUGAUUUCGGUGAUCUCAAUCGUGGUAUUGUUUGUGUACCUGGUUGCAACCCCAUCAAAAUCUAGUAGCAAGAAGAAGCGCUAAUCGUCAGAAACUGAAACAAACUUCCGUAGCUGAUUCCAUAGGCUGGUCUCCAAUUGGGUCUCUUCUGAGACAACGUUGCUUGCUGAACCUCCGUUCAGUUUAGGUUGUCAUAUGUUAGAACUUUGAAAUAGAUAACUGUCUGAUUAUAUAUGUGAGAUGAACACACUUUGUCAAUCUGCCAUGCUGAUCUUUGGGCAGGUGUGACUCAGUCGGAAGAAAAUGUUUGACUUAGUUUUUUUUCUUUUCAAUUUGUACAUUUCUUGAUGAGCGAGCUUCAUCAGUUCUAAACUGUAUUAAUUCUGUGUUUGUUGUUA